CUCCUGGUGUACCUGAUCUCUGUGGAUGAAAUGACUAGGAACGUGUUUUUUAUGGGCACACCUUGUUAGUCUGUGGUGUUAGCUGGAUGUUCUUUGCACGCUGGAAGCAGUAGAACAGUGCUGCUGCUACUCUGGAGCUUUGAUGAGCAGAAGAGCAGGUAAUGAAUAGGCUGAAGCUUGAGGACGUUCUGAGGUAGAGUGAGAGAAGGAUGGCUGUGGAGGAGCUGAGGGAAGUCUUGGCAGUGAAGGCUCUACGGGGACACGAUACAGACUGUCUGCAACCUCAGUCCAAUGUGGUGCGGCUGUUUAUUAGCUCUACUUCCUCAGAUUUGACAAGUGAAAGAAAUGCCUUCUGGGACAAGAUCUACCCUGAGAUACAAGAUUUCUGUCAGAGUCUGGGCCUAGUCUUUGAGGUUGUGGACUUCAGAUGGGGUGUAUCUGAUUCUGUCAUUAAUGAUCACAUGACUGUUGAGCUGUGUCUGCAGGAGAUACAGUUAUGUCAGAAAUUGUCAGUGGGCCCUAGUUUUCUUGCUUUGGUAGGCAGUCAGUAUGGUCAUCGCCCCAUCCCUCGAUUCAUAUCAGAGAAUGAGUUUGAGCUCCUGCUCAGUAAACUCUCCAGGAAGGACCAGGAAGGCUCGAUGCUACUCAGACAAUGGUUCAUCAAAGACAGUAACUCUGUUCCUCCUAAAUAUGUCCUUCAGCCAAUCAGCACACACUAUCCUCAUUAUAACGACACAGGAGCUGAGGCUGGACCGCAGCGGGACGAAGAUGUUGUCUCUUGGAACCUGACAGAAGCUCGGCUGUUGCAGCUGUUGUGCACUGCAGCGCUGGAGGCUGAAAAGGAUGGAGAGAUGAGUGCAGAACAGAAGCAGAAUUUCUUUAAGUCAAUGACAGAGUGGGAGAUGGAACAGGGUUUCCUCAGAACAUCGCAGGACAACCCUUCAGCUGUCAUCUUUGUCCGGGACCUGCCUCCACUAAAGAAGAGCGAGCAACAGAAGCACACAUUGAAGUUCUUGGAUGUCACAGCCGAUGGCCUUCUGGACAAAGAGGCACAGGAACUCUUGACCAAACUCAAAGAGCGUAUCCACAGUGCCUGUGCCGAUGACCCUGGCUUCCACCACAUAGAACUCAGCAAAGGAGCCAUUGACGUGAACCGUAAAGAGCACAAGGAAUACCUGGAGAACUUCUGCAAGCAGAUUGUGUCUCAGUUAAAGGGAAAGAUUAGCAGACAGACUGCACCACCGGCAGUUCCAGGCUGGCUGUGGCUUCAGCAAGAACUCCUCCAUCAUGCAAACCUGAGCAAAAAGCAGUGUGCAGUUUUCUGUGGGAGAGAUGGUCUUCUAGGGAAGAUCUGCCUCGUGAUGUGGGAGUCCUCGAAUAUGCAACAUGGACCUCUUGUGGUUUCUGGGCCUCCGGGAAGUGGGAAGACUGCUGUUCUCUGCAGGUUGGCCCAGGAGAUGAGGGCUGUUUUGGGACCACAAGCUGUGGUCACCCUGAGGUUGCUUGGUAUGUCCCCACUCAGCUCAGAUGUAGACUCCGUCCUCAAGAGCGUGUGCGUUCAAGUGUGCGGUGCAUUUAACCUGGCACCACCUUGCCCACAAACCGCAAACUCACAUGACAUGCUGGUGAGGUUCUUCCAAUCCAUGCUGCACAAAGUGUCCGAACAAGGAGAUACGCUUCUGCUCAUCCUGGACUCCCUGGAUCAUCUACCCCAUGCCAACGGUGGCCAUAAGUUACGCUGGUUACCUAAAGAAAUUCCACCAAAUAUACAUUUGGUGGUGUCCACCCUGGCUGAUUGGUCUCCAUGUUUGGAAAGUCUGAAAGCACUCAACAAUGAUGAUAAAUAUUUUUUUCAAGUUGAGCCGCUGACCCUCGAGGAAGGGCAGCUCAUUACUAAAGCCUAUAUGGACAAGGCUGGACGAAGGCUCACCUCAGAGCAGGUGGAUGCCGUCCUCCAGAGUUUCCAGAAGACUGGAAGUCCUUUGCAUCUGAAGCUGUUGUUGGAUAUGGCAAAGCAGUGGACAUCCUACACCACACUGUCAGAUAUUCGACUUGGCAGCUCAGUGCAGGAAGUGAUCUCAUUGUUCCUUGAUGCACUGGAAGGAAAACAUGGCAAGCUAUUUGUCUGCCAUGCUCUGGGUUACAUCACUUUAUCAAGAUUUGGCUUGUCGGAGGCAGAACUACAGGAUAUCUUGUCAUUAGAUAAUGAUGUUCUGGCAGAGGUCUAUCAAAACCGGCUCCCUCCAAACCACACACUGCUGCGCUUCCCUCCUCUACUGUGGGCUCUCUUCAGACAGGACCUAGGGGAUCACCUAGUGGAGAGAUGGGAAAAUGGCAUUGCUGUGUGUGGGUUUUCUCUCAGGCAGUUUAUUGAAAUAGUGAAGGAGAGGUAUCUUUCUGUGGAGCUGCGUGUGAAGAUGCACACUGUUCUCAGUGAAUAUUUCUUGGGUCAGUGGAGCCAGGGCCAACAGAAACCAAUACUUCUGCAUCCACUGAUGACCCAACUGAACGCUGACAGAAAGGUACCAGCUCAGCCCUUGUGGUUUGCUGAAGGGAUCCCCAAUUUCAGGAAACUACAUGAGCUACCCUUUCAUCUUUUACAUGCGGGAAAAUGGGAGGAGUUACGGCAGUUGCUGCUGGGGAGUUUAGAGUGGUUGUACUGUAAGACUCUGAGCUGUGGAGUGGCCAGUGUAAUCCAGGACUUCACAUUUUGUACUGAUGUGAUGGACUGCCCUGAGAUACGGCUGAUCCGGGAGUGCUUUCUGCUCUUGAAGCCCACUAUAGAUUUUAUUGAUGGAAAUAUAGACUCCUCCCUCCUGUGUACUGAGAUCACUGCCAGGUUUCAGGCUCUUGCUCAUGCAUACCCUGACCUGAUUGGAUGCCUGUACUCGCAGUGCCAGGAUUGGUUUGCUUCCUGUGCAGAUCCGGUGCUGGUGCCCAGGUGUAGCUUCAUGGAAGCCCCUGGAGGAGCUCUGAAAAACACCCUCAAUGGGUUUACAAAAGGAGUUACUGCAGUAGAUGUUUGCUGUGAGAAGAGUAUCCUAACAGCAGGUUCAGAGGAUGGAUUACUAAUUGUAUGGGACCUAAAGCAUCUGGAGGUGCUUCAUACAUUUGUAGCACACACAGGUGUGGUGGAGUGUGUAAAGCUGAUAAAUAAAGGUGAUCAGUGUUUGUCUGCUGGGCGUGACGGCUGUAUUAAGAAGUGGAGUGUGUGCAGUGGUAAACAGCUGUACUGCAUCCAGGCUGCAGAAUCAAUCCUCCCCCGGUCCACCGAACUCCUCCACGUGCUCGAGUCCAGAGCUGUGCUCCUUUUCAGCACACACAGCCAGGUCAAGGCCUGGAAUGUAGACACUGGAGAUUUUCUUUAUGAAGUGGACGUGAAUGUUGAGUGCGGGGCACUCGGCAGCCUGGGACAGGAAGUGGCGAUCGUGUCCAGUGAUGGCCAACUAUGGCUUCAUGAUCCAAUCAGUGGUCUCCAGAAAGUACAUCUUUAUUUGACCUCUGGUCAGGAACUCAUUGUGACCAGUGUCCUCAAACUUACCAAACAUGGGAAGAUUCUCAUAGCUUCUGAGGAGGGCUCACUGAUCUUGGUUUCUGUCUCUGGUGUUCUGGCGAAUGUUGAGCUUCCUGCUCCUGCUUCAUUCAUGUUUACCUCUGAUGAUGAGGGAACUCUUUUUGCAGGUUGUGAGCGAACACUGGUUGUCCUCCAUGUGAAGCAAAACUCUGUGCAGAGAACUCAAGACUUCCUGCAUGAGUCCACAGUUUUAUCAGCUGCUUUUUACAGUAAUGGAAGCAAAGUCAUCACUGGCUCUCAGGAUCAGAUCAUACGGGUUUGGGGUUUAACCACUGGGCAGCUGUUGGACUCUAUCAGUGGUGUGGGCUCUCCUGUCAUGUUCAUCUCUGUAUACAACAACACCAUCAUCUCUGCCUCGCCCAGCUCCUCCCGACUCAAACUGUGGAGUCUGGACUACGACCCCAAACACAGGAAUCAGAUGUGUGUUCCAGCCAACUGCACAAAUGUGGUCAUCACCAAAGAUGGCAGCACUGUACAUUACAUCAAAGAGGAAGACAGAUCAAAGGUGUUCACAUGGAGCUGUGCUGAAGGUCUCUACAGUGAUCAUAUGGAAGUGUCCUCUAACGUGUGCUGUAUGGAACUGGCUCAGCAGAAGCGUCUGCUGUUCUGCGGCCUGCGCACCGGCACCAUUUUCAUCUACCCGUUAGCCUUUGCUCAAGAGACCCUGUGUAUCCCCCCACCUGAGAGCAUGCCUGAGGUGCGCAGUAUGGCCAUCAGCCCCAGAGAGGACCGGAUGGCGGUGGCUUAUGAGGACGCAGUGUGUUUGUUUGAGAUCACGGCUCGAGACAGCUUCCCCUGUGUGGAGGGGCCGCUCCAGUGCUAUUCUCUGACCCUGCUGCACUCUCCGGUUUCAGCCAUGGCUCUGCUGCCGGACUGCAGGCUCCUCUAUGGUACUCUCGGAGGAGAAGUGGCCGUCUAUGACUUCAAGAGUGCUACAGCAGCAGAGCUGGACCACCACGGAGCCGCUAUCACCUGCGUGGCCCUGAGCAACUGGGAUACGCAUGCUCUGAUUGGCUCUGAGGACUGUGUUCAGAAGCUGUGGAACCUGCAUCCUCUGCUGUUGGAUCACACCAUGGAAUACAAGGGUUUCUACUUCGAGGGGGUUCUGUGUGCUGUUUUCUCUGUAAAUGAUAAACACGUCUUCACUGGAUCUCGCGACAAAACCAUCAAAGUCUGGGACGUUGCUACAGGGUCUUUACUGUAUAUCCAGUACGUCUACGCAGCCAUCAUCAGAAUCACUCCUUUUAAGGAUGGCUUCGUCGCCGUCUCACAGUUCGGGUCUUUCGUUAAGGAGAGCUUCCGCUGCCCCGACACUCUGAGCCCCGACUACAACCCUCUGCGUAACUUCAGAGCUCACUAUCGCGUAACUUCCCGAGAGAAGAUUCUGGAACCCCCUCACACCUCUCUGAACAAGGUCAUGAAUUACAAUCCAGCUCAGUUUAACUUCGUAGGCAUGUUCAAGACUAAACAGUCUAAUACAUGUGUGAUUCUGUGAGGAACAUGAUUACCUAUUUUUUUUAUUGUAUGACUUUAUUCAUAUUGUAGCCUUUUCAAAGGGUUUAUUCACAAGGAAAUAUACAAAAAUAAUGUAAAAGAAAACAUAGGAAAUUAAUCUGAUUUAAAACACUAAAUAUUUUUAUUACCUUUGAUGGGUUGCUUUCUAGCAUCAAAAGGGCUCAAAUUAAAAUUAACGUUUACAUUUUUUUAUUGUACAGUUUAGAAAUGUUAGUUUUAUUGUGGUAUAUUAUAAGAACAUCUUAGAAACAAUAUCAUUCUGAUGAUAUUGUCUGAGUAGAGUUUUUUUUUUUUUUUUUAGUUUUAACAAAUACAACAACAAAGCAAAACUUAACAAAAACAAAUAAAAUCACAGUCUUAAAAUGGGAAAGCCUGUUUUGCAUCCAGAAAAUCGCGAAUUCACAUUUGUUCAGUUAUUUAAUACAAUAUAUGGACAAAAGUAAUGGGACAUCUACGUAUUACACCUACAAUGGCUUUAAAUGAUUUAUUCCAGUUUUGCACCAUUUAUAAUCCAUGAGCAUUAUUAUGUAAGUGGCCCUCUGUUGCAGCUUUAACUGCAGGUUAGAAAUUAACUCGCAACCCAGCUCUGUAACUGUACAUGGUCAGUGACUUUGUUGCGGAAUUGCUGUGGUUUCUAUAUGGUUUCACUUUUUUUUUUUUUUUUCCAGUUCUGUCAAUGAGACUGAAUGAAACACUUGCAUUUAAAGGUCUCCUUUUACUAAAAUCCGCUUUUUCUUGUUUUUUUUUCUGGACUUGGGCUGCAGAAGAGCAGACACUGUCAGCUAAAGAGCUUACAGCUCUGUUUAUACCAGCUUGUUAACAUUAGCAAUCUUAUGUAAGUAACUUAAGGUUUAAAUCGGAUCUCCAGUGAAUUCCGGAUUUUACCGAGACCAUUAAUAUACACUAGGAAUCACGGUUUGACAAGGUAGCACAACUCGACAGAACACUGAGCAAAGCGGGCGCCGGUGGGGAGGGAGGGGAGGGAGUCGCAAGGCCGCAUGGGUAGUAGAGUCCAGCUUGACACUACGAUAGGAUUCAGCUCCUGUGCAACAAGUCCAGCCGUGACAUUAUCUCACUACUAAAUAUUCCAUAGCCAUACUAUAAUACAGUGAAAGUGACUGGGAAUGAAAGCAAGUUAGUGGUUGCCAACUUUCUGCAGAGUCAAUCACUACAGCCCUUCAAAAUAAAUGUACCCUUCAGAUUAGCUCAAGAACAGUAUAGAAUAGAGAGCUUCAUGGAAUGGAUUCCCAUGGCUGAGCAGCUUCAUCCAAGCCUUACAUCACCAAACAAACACAAUGCAGGUAAGCGAAUGCUUUCGGCAAUAUAGUGUAUGUCUCAGUAAUUAUGUCCAUAUAGUGCAUAGUGAUGUUUUAUAUCUGAUGCACUGUAGCUGCGUUCCAAAUUUUAGGCUGCAGUUUAGGUAGGGAUGGUCCUUGGUAGAACUGUCUUUUGAAGAAUCUAUCUCAGUAGCCUGUUGCUUACACAUUAGAAUCAGUCUAACAAGGCUUUGCAGUGAUGUAGCGAGGCAUGGAACUCGUAUGCUCUUUUAUUUCUUUCUUUUUUUUUUCAAUCAUUUUAAAAAUCAGUUGUGCACCAGUGUUGGUGUGUUGGUUUCCCUUUACCUUUGCCCAGUUUUCGCGGUGCUGUUUAUCAAUCACUUUGGAUGAGUGUAGUGAAUUGUGGGUAACUGAGGGCUGCAAAGAAAACAUCAGUUGCUUCCCUCAGAAAUCAUGUCAAACCUGCAGCCUAUCUAGGAUGCAGCCUAGGCAUUGGAACGCAGCUAGGGUCUUAGUGAAGUCUAGUGUUUAGUAUUUAAUAGGGUGUGCUGUUUUGUGGCCUGCCACUUGCUUUCUUCUUCUUCAGUUGAACUUUCUGGAUUUGACCAAGUUGAACAGCUGCCAGUGCGAUCAUACAUAUCUGAGAGAAAGCAAAAAAAAAAAAAAAUGUCAGUUUACAUGUUUAUACUAGCUGUUAGUUCUUACACUGGUUACUGUUUACUUAAUCUCUGCUAUAUAACACUGACAUCACGUAACAUUGUCAUAUUGCUAGUAAACUUCAUGACAAAUAUUGCAAUGUUUAAAUAUUAGACAUAUUAUCUACUACUCAUGUCAAUGUAUGAUAUUUACUCAUGGCAUUUGUGCGGCAUUAUAGUGUAAGUUUCAUGUAGCAAGAACCAAGUAAUGCUCUCAGAAAUACAAACUUUUAAGAUUUCCUGUUUGUUCUUCAGUAAGAUCACUGUUGUACUACUUUUUCACUGUGUUAGAGGAAUGAUUAUAAAACAAAAUAUUUAAUUUGGAGACGAUUUUACAGAACACUACUUAAAUUGAAGUGUAAUAUGAAUGUAAUACGUACGAAAUAUAGAAAAGUAUAGAAAAGAGCAUUGAUAACUCAGAAUUGACAAACACUACUGACACUUUUUGCAAUAAGCCUUUAUAAAUGUUUAUGUAGGUUUUUGUGACUUGUCAUGAUGUGUUUCUAUACAGCUCUGGAAAAAAAAUAAGAGACCACUUAAAAAUUAUGAGUUUCUUUGAUUUUACCAAAUUAAAAACCUCUGGAAUAUAAUAAAGAGGAAGAUGGAUGACAAGCCAUCAAACCAAGCUGAACUGCUUGAAUGUUUUCACCAGGAGUGGCAUAAAGUUAUACAAAAGCAGUGUGUAAGACUGGUGGAGAACAUGUCAAGAUGCAUGAAAACUGCAAACUAAAAACCAGGGCUAUUCCACUAAAUAUUGAUUUCUGAACUCUUAAAACUUUAUGAAUAUGAACUUGUUUUCUUUCGUUAUUUGAUGUCUGAAAGCUCUGUAUCUUUUUUGUUAUUUCAGUGAUUUCUCAUUUUCUGCAAAUAAAUGCUCUAAAUGACCAUAUAUAUUUUUUUUAUAUAUUUAAAUUUGGGAGAAAUGUUGUCCGUAGUUUAUAGAAUAAAACAACAAUGUUCAUUUUACUCAAACAAAUGCCUAUAAAUAGCUAAUCCUUAAUAGCAAAGUCUUAUUUUUUCCAGAUCUGUCAACUUAACACCAAUACAAUGACAAUACAAUGAAACUGUAAGAAGGUUUUUGUUAAGAUCAUAUGAACUGUAAGUGGUUUAGCCAAAACCAAAUAAAGAUCUGCUACAUUUAGUCCCUAA